CACUAGGGUCAUCUUUGGCUGAGCUCUGGUCUCUGGCAUAUCGCGUAUUCAAGGAUAGCACCUCCUCAGCUGCCUCCUCCUGAGCAGGAGGCUGUCCUCCUGCCAGGCUGGAUGGACGCCAGACCGGGGUUGUUCAACAUCGAGCGCAAAUGUACAGAGCACGGGCCUGGGUUCACGGAGUUGAACUCUGAUCCGGAUCCGCUCCUCAAAAAUUAGAGGGACCGCAUCCACGAGGACGUCAUUCCGGGCAGUUCCAGAAUACAACAUGCGAGAGGACCGCAGCACAUGCUGCAACCCACGACUCCGCAGUCCGCACCCAAACCUUAAGCGUGCAGCACACCAAGCUCUCGUCCCUGUCCCUUGUACCGCGAGGUAAUUGAGCGUGAUGACUGCGUUCGCACUUUCUGCACUUGUGGCUGCUGCCGCCGUCCUCACCGACGUGCGCGCACAGACGACGACAUCGAUCGAGCCGCUUGUGGACCACACCUAUCCCUACUCUGAUGUGCCGUACCAAGUGGAGCCCACCGGAGACGAGCGCGGAAGUCAAGUCGGGUACAACAUCUGCAACUCGACGACGCAGAACCAGGACUCGUACUGCCAGACGCUGAUCGUCAACGAAAUUGACGACUUUUGCAUCUAUUCGUCACCCGACACGAAUGACACUAUCGGGGACUCCGAGUCUUAUGAGGUCGCCUGGUGCACGUCCGACACGCAUGGCACGCGGCUCAUCCCCGAGGGCGCGCUGAAGGGCGUGCAGUACAUCUAUACGGCGAACUACAUCCAGAUCAUCGGCUAUAUUGACCAGACGCAGGUGAAUCUCCAGGCGGACGAUGCGGGAGGAGAACUCGAUCCUCAUGGCUCCGACUUGCUCGGUAACCCCAUGGGCGCCAUCGUCUAUUCCAACCAAUACCCGCGUAACAACACGGAUAACAGUACCUACACCCAGAUCAUCGAAUGGACUGAGUUCAUCGGAAACGACAUGUUCUGCCUCAAGAUCUGCAACCCGGCCAACACGAGCGCAGACAACGUCGGCUGGUGCAAUAACAUCUACGACGAGAUCGGCAUCUCGUACAACUGCCCAAACGCCGCGCAGAACGGCACCUUUGAGGUCUGCGACGGCGACUCGAUGACUCCCGUCGGCGUGUACACCUCCGACGGACAGACGUACACCUGGACGCAGCCCUACACGGGCGAGCUCACCAUCCCGUACACCCCGACCAUCCCCGCGUCGUCCAACUGCCGCACGUUCGCGUCGACGGAUUUGUACACCGCCAAGGUCUCUACGACAGCGUCAUUAGGCGCGUCGUCUGCGACCGCUGUGAGCUCGGGUGCGAGCGGGGAUGCAUCGAGUGGGGCUACUUCGGCUUCGAGCGGGGCUUCACGUACUGGCACGUCGGGCAGCGCAUCGUCGACUUCUACCGGUACAACGAGCAGUGCUGGUGCUGUGCGCAUGUCGGCACUGGCGACAUUUGCUGGUGUGGCAUUCAUGGUUGCUUUCCUCGCAUAAGGACAUACGUGCAACUAAUGCAUUGAUUCGGACGUUCUCGCUCUUCAUGCCUUGACUUAAUGUGCUAUGUAAUGAAAAAGAUGAUGCUCUCAAGAACAUCUAUAGUCGGGUAUUGUUGUCCAGGAUCGCUUGAUAACUCGCCUUGGGACUUAACGAUGGAUUGCAGGGUGCAUGGCCUGUUUUGUUUAUGAGAAUAUUUUAAACAUGAUUGUGAGGAGAAUCACAGUUUGCUCAUGUUUUUGUCGAUGACAAUUUCUAAAAUUAUUUUAACCCUUGUCAAAUGAAAUAUGC